UCUGGGAGAAGAUCUGUGGGGUUCCUGCAUCCCUCAAAGGGGGGAAGCCAAGCAGAAGCUGCAGAGUUCUGGGCCUGCAAACCAGGAUCUCAUUGUUAUUUGUGAAGAACUCAGCAGAGAUGUCAGUGUUGUCUAUCUUCUUGUUCCUGAUCCAUGGCUUGCAUGGGCAUCAGUCAUGUCCUCGAAGGUGUGACUGCCCACCAGGAAAUGGUGUGGUAUGGUGCAGCUGGAGAAAUCUGAGGGUUAUCCCUUUUGACAGUCCUCAUGACACUCGAGUAUUGUACCUAGACUCUAACUGGAUUGUCCACAUAUCCACUGGGGCCUUCCGUGGCCUAAAACUCCUCCAUGAACUUCACCUUGCAGACAAUCUAAUCGAGAGCAUUUCUCCAGGAGCCUUCCAUGGCUUAGGGAACGUGCUGAGGCUCCUGGACCUUUCAGGAAACAAGCUACGGAAAAUAGACGCUGCUCCCUUCAUCAUGCUGACCUGGGUAAAGCUGGAACUCUACAACAAUCCCUGGCAUUGUGAUUGCUCCCUGCAGGAGCUGAUGAAGGCUCUUUCCUUAGGACCGGGGUGGGCAGAGGACAUUGUGUGCACCACCGCAACCUGGAAGGAGUAUGUUGGGAAGACUUUGCCCCAUCUGGUCAGUACUGGCGUCAAUUUCUGUGUCACUCAGCAGAGGAACACUGAUUUUGCAAUGCUGCUGACGAUGUUUGUCUGGUUUGCUGUUGUUAUUGCUUAUGUCAUCUAUUAUAUCCACCGCAACCAAGCCGAAUCCCGGCGUCACUUGGAAUACCUCAAAUCCCUGCCGGUUCCCAGCAGCUCAUUCCAACACGAGGAGAAAGAGGUGGAUGAAGGCAAUACACUCAGCACGAUCCUUUGACUGAGUAGACUCGCACACGUGCUGGGGGCGACACAAUACAGAACUGCUGUGGAAGCAGAUUUAAUCUGAUAAAGAGUUUGUCCCUCUAAAGAAACCUAGCUUUAAAUCUAGGGAACCAACAAAAAAAGAAUUGCUGCCUAAGACAAAGAACCAAUGUCGCCAUCCAACUGUAAUGGUAUACGGGGAAGAUCUUGGGAGUCUGGCCUCUGAGAUGCUGCCUAGGGACCAGUCACAUUAAAAGUCAGCGUAGCCCGCAGAUGGAUAAAUGGGUGGUGCAAGAGGCUCUGAAGGGAUCACCCCUAAUUUCUCAGGACAUAAAGGAGACAGUGGAGAAUUGUAUUUUCAGAUUCACAAGAUUGAUGUCAGCCUUACCAGGGAGACCAGACAAGAAACUUCAACCAGGUGAACUAAUUCUACUUUAUUUGCAAGUCUUUUUUUUUCCCCCUUCCGUUCAAUUUUGUCUGAUUCUCACAGGCUGCCUGGACAAUUUUCCUGGCAAAGUUUUUCAGAACAGGCUUACCAUUGUCCACUUUCUCGGACUUAAGAGAGAGUGGCUGGCCCAAGGUCACCCAGCUGGCUUUGUACCUCAGAUAGGACUAGAAUUCACAGUCUCCAGGUUUCUAGCAUGAUGCCUUAACCACUACAGCAAGCUGGUUUCAUUGUAAGGCUACAUCGACAUAAUCUAGUCAAUCAAUUUCUCCCAUAUGACAAUUUUAGCUACAAGAAUUACUCCAGUAUGAUUUUACUUGAUUUAGGACCUUCUCUCCUGAUAGGCUGGAAUGUUAUCUGGGUUAAACAUUGGGCUAAACUGGGUUUGGCUAAAGUUGCAACCCAUCAGAUAUUUUGGGUGUUUAUUUGGUAGUUUGCUCAUGUGUUACUUGCUAUUUUUUUUUUCUGAAUAAACUAGGAAUCUUUGCUCUAAAGAUAGGAAACUCACAUCUUAACCCACUAGCUUCCACUUUUCAAUGUGCACCAAUCUCACUGACAAGAUUCUUUUUCUCCUGGCUUCUCCAACAAAUAUCUGAUUGGUUAAAUCUGCUGAUUGGUUAAAUUAGCAGCAGCCUGAGAGGCAAGGAUUCCCUUCCCCAACUGUGGAUGCUCUUAAGAUCGCUGGAUCAAAG